UAACAUCUCAAACAACAGCUCUCUGUUGCAGCCUCCACCUAAACGCCAGGCUGACUUCAGGAGCGCGCUGAUGGUGAUGAAGCGAGCCGUGGAUGACUGCCCUGCCUUCUCUGCUCCAGCUGUCGCAGACCUGCGCUCACACGUGGCAGUUUAUCACCUUCGACUCCUCAGGCCACGCCGUUGCCAUGUGAGUGGUGCCGUGUGGUGCCGUGUGGUGCUGUGGUUCUCCUGCUUCUGCAUCUGCAGAGAGGGAAGAGGAGUGAGGAGGGGAGCAGGGAGAAGGAAGGGGUCCAGCUACUCCACUCCCCUGCUGUCCCACCCCCGCCCUCCUUCUCCCUGCUUCGAAUUCUCCACUUGUCCCACCACCUUCUCUUGCAUCCACUCCCUCUUCUGCCAGUAUAUCAAUCGAGUGAGUGAGCAUAGGGAGGAGGGGAAGGAAGAGGAGAUCGUGCGAACCAACGUGCUGGACGUCAUGCUGUGCUGCCGCCAGGCCAUGCGCCUUAUGAGGGAUCAGCCCGGCGGGGGUCACAUUUUCGACAUGGAUGGUGCUGGGGCUGAUGGCAACGCCACUCCGCGGUGA